ACUGUGAAUACUCAUCGAAGCCCUAUUAUAAAAUCCUUUGGCUAAGAGUGACAGAGAAGUAAACACGUAAUGCUUAGCCUCUUUAGAUUGAGAAAGAUGGUUUGAUUUACCAUUAAUCUGGUUAGGAGUUAAUUAUUUAUUCAGUUAAACCAGGCAGUCAAUACGAUGUCACCAACCGGUGGGCAAACGGAAAAUACACCGGGAAAAGGACCAGAACCUCGAAUCACUAAACCCUUCUUUUCACCAGAAGUGCUUGGUUUAGAUGCAGUUGACAUAGACGCGAUUGAGCCAAAUGAGAUCAAAAAAGAUGUUCCAUCUCCAUCAGAAGACUCGAGUGCUAAUUUUAAACCCACUACAUUAAGUUGGAAUAACCUAAAUGUUUACUCCAAAAGAUCUUCCUGUUUAGCUGAUUGUUUUUUUAAAUCAAAGGAACCAGUUCACAUAAUUAAAAAAGUUUCUGGCCAAGCAAAACCUGGUAAUCUGUUGGCCAUUCUUGGUGCUUCUGGAGCAGGAAAAACCACUUUACUCAAUGUAUUAACUGGUCAUAAUUCGAAUAGAUUGGCCAUUGAAGGACAAGUCUCUUUGAACAAUGAGCCAAUUACUAUCGAAAGGUUAUCUUCAUGUUCCUCGUAUGUUCAACAAGAGGAUUUAUUCUUUGGUGUUCUCACUGUACGAGAACACUUGCGAUUCCAACUUAAACUUAGAAGUCCAAUCAAUAUGAAUGUUGAGGAAACUAACCGCAGAAUCGACCAAAUUCUGGAAAAAUUAGGAUUAACGAAAGUUUCUGAAAAUCGUAUUAAAUGUGGAUCAAGUGGACAACGAUUAUCUGGUGGCGAACUUAAAAGAUUAUCGAUUGCUACUGAGGUCUUAACGGAUCCUGCAAUACUAUUCUGUGAUGAGCCAACCUCUUGCCUCGAUUCAUUUAUGGCACAAACGGUUGUAUCUGUUCUUAAAUCUUUGGCUAAAGAGCAACGAACCAUUGUAUGUACCAUUCAUCAACCGUCAUCUGAAAUAUUCAAAAUGUUUGAUCAAAUAAUGUUGCUAGCUGAGGGUCGAGUCGCUUUUCUAGGAACUACAGAAGCAGCGCUUGACUUUUUCCUUCAACUUGGACUCAACUGUCCAUCAACUUAUAAUCCAUCAGAUUUUUUCAUUCUCCAACUUUCCCUCACUCCUAAUAAUGUAGAUCAAUGUCGAUCCAAGAUUAAAAUGAUUUGUGAUAACUUUGAUUCUUCUGGAUAUUAUGAAGAUCUGAAGAAAGAAAUAACCUUUGCAACAAAACUCGAAACAAAUUAUUACUAUAGAAUGUUUGGAUUCGUCCGAACUGUUCGUAGACCCAUUUCAACACAAUUUAAACUGUUGCUCUGGCGAUCGUCAUUAAUCAAUCUAAGAGAUCCUCUUCUAUCCACUUCUCGAGUUGUCAAUACAGUUUUUACAGCACUUUUGAUUAGUCUAGUCUAUUGGAAACAGGACUACGAUCAAGAAGGAAUAAUGAAUAUAAAUGGAGCUAUUUUUUUCUUGGUUGUAAAUGCAAAUUUUUCCAGCAUUUUCAUUGUGGCCGGGACCUUUUGUACGGAAAUGCCGAUUAUUUUACGUGAACAUGCUAAUGGACUGUAUCGUACUAGCGUUUAUUAUUUGGCAAAAUUGUUUUCAGAUUUACCUUGGUUCAUUAUUCUUCCUGCAUUAACUUGGUCUAUAUGUUAUUAUUCAGUUGGAUUUUAUAAUGACUUCAGAGUAUUCAUGAUUGGCAAUGGAAUUAGUAUUUUUGUUGUCAACGCGGCUUCUGGCUUUGGUUAUUUCAUCUCAACUAUGGCACCAUCUACCACAGUUGCACUCGAAUUGGCAUCUCCGUUAAUGUCUCCUUUGAUAAUACUCGGUGGCACUUUGUUGAAUAGCAAUACGGUUCCUAAAUGGAUAAAUUGGAUCAAGUACUUCUCCUGGUUUUACUAUGCAACUGAAAUAUUGACUGUUAAUCAAUGGCGUGAUGUGACUCACAUUGAUUGUGAUUAUAAGGCACCUUUCUCAAAUCCCAUAUCCAUUCCGACGAACCGCACCAUUUCAACUGGACAAGGUUGUUUAGUCAAUGGGAAGCAAGUAAUAGAGUCUGUUGGCUUCAAGGAAUCCAAUUUAGAUUUCGACUAUUGGAUGUUAUCUUUUGUCAUUGUCGUGUUCCGGCUCAUGGCUUAUAUUGCUCUUGUUGUCCGAACUAAAUUAAGGCGUUAGUUAUUAGUUCAAUUUUUAAUCUUCAUCACAGACCAACAGUUGUAGCACGUUUCAUGUAUUUACAUAGAACCAUAAAAAGAUACUCUCACUUGCCACAGA